AUGUUUGGAGCUCUAAAUCGAUUUAUCGGGCGUCUGGAUUCCGAUCCUGUCCAGCAUCCUCGAUCGCCUGCCACAAACGACAGCGCAUUUGGCUUCCAAGUACUCCGCAACAAAGACUCCGAGCUCCCCCUAGAGCCAUGGUUCGAUUUCAUCGUCGGCAUCAAUGGGCGCCUGAUCGUGAGUGGCCGGAGUGUCUUCUUUUUCAUACUAUCCGUUCAGAUCGCUAACCAGUCUCGCCAUCUGAAGGAAGAUCCGGACCCAAAUCUAUUCGCGACCGAGGUGCGCAACUGCGCCGGUUCAAGUGUAACAUUUGAGAUCUGGAGUGCCAAGGGUCAACGGACGCAUACGGUGUCUAUUCCGGUACCACCUUCCAACCCUACACUAGGCCUUGCUCUCCAGCUGGCCCCUCUUUCGUCUACGCAGCAUAUCUGGCAUAUCCUGAACAUCCCAUCACCGCUGAGUCCGGCCUACCGAGCCGGACUGUUGCCACACUCGGACUACAUUGUCGGGACUCCGAGUGGAACGUUACGAGGCGAGUCCGCGCUGGGUGAGUUGGUGGAGGACCACCUGGACCGCACGCUGGUGCUGUGGGUGUACAACAGCGAAUUCGACGUCGUACGUGAGGUAGAACUGGUGCCUACCCGGGGCUGGGGCGGGGAGGGUGCAUUGGGUGCUGAGCUGGGAUACGGCGCCUUACAUCGGCUGCCCGUGGGGUUGGGCGAAGAAGUCGAGGGGCCCGGCGAGGUGGUCUUCGAGACGCGAGAGGACGGCACCUCAACUCCCGUCACGGCUCAUUUGGGCCCAGCGCAGAGCGUGGGAGCGGCUGCGCCUGCUGUUGGGGGCCAAUUUCUCGUCCCUGCCAACAUUUCUACGCCGCCUCCUUUGGGCUCCCAGCCUGGCACUCUGCCUCCGAUGGGACACGCGCACUCCGGACCGCGUCGGGGCAAGGCGCGACCUGCGGGAGUAUCGCCAAACCGGGCCUUUGAUGACUACUUUGCCGAAGGGGAACAGAAAAGUAAGGAGCAGGAUUUCGCGCCGUCUCGCAAAUCAACUCCGUUGCCUCCUCCGCCUAAGGCUGGCGUGCGAUCUCCCCCGACCGCAGAACAACCAGCCGGGCCAUAG